UGUUACAUUAUCUUCACCCGUCUCCGACUAAGAGUUGUCUCUCCUGACUUGAAGCUAGCAAGAUGAAGAUAGCGAUCAUUCUGGUUUUCUUGGUUGCCUUGGUCUCAUUGCAAGAAGCCGACGCCUGGGGCCGAUUCCGAUUCCGUAGAAUUGUCAGACGAGUAUGGCGUGGCGUGAAAAGGGUUGUAAGGGUAGUCAGCAGGGUGAAGACAGUAUGGAACAAUGCAAAACAGUGCUGGGAUACUAUAAAGUCAAUAGGGAAACGUGAUGAGAACACUUUCGAUCUGAACAAAGAUGGCCACGUAGACCUGGAAGAACUCGGCAAGAUGAUUGGCGAGCGAGAAGCACGUGACUUAAUGGAAGCCUUGUCGGGCUCUUUUGACCCUGUUCCAGUUGAAGAGUUUAAACGAAAUGUUCGUGACCUGGCCGAACUUUCUGAAGAAGACCUCUUCAAACAGGUUGAAGAACUCUCCGAGAUGGAGUAGAAUCGCCAUCACGGUUAUCAGAAAAGUAGAACUAAUAAAAAAUAGUUUCUCAACGUAA